UAAAGUAGGCCGUUAAACACAGACUACAGCUCCCAGAAUCCACUGCGGCCGGCAGAUUGUAAACAAUCCCAUGAAGGACGAGCUGCGCGAUGAUCGUGUUCGUGCGCUACAACCUGGGUCCUGGGGUGGCCGUGGAGCUGGAGGCCCAGGCUAGAGUGGCGGAGCUGAAGGAGGUGGUGGGGAGUCAGCAGGGUGUGGCUCCUCAGGAGCUCCGGGUUCUGUUCGCUGGCAGGGAGCUGCAGAGCUCCGCCUCUUUGCUGGGCUGUGACCUGCCUGAGCAGAGCACGCUGCAUGUGCUCCACCCUCCUCCUGGCUCCUCCUCCCAGCUGCUGCUGCAGGAGCAUCUGGCUCCAGGAGGGGAGAGCAGACAGGACCGGCUGACCUCACUUGACCUGAGCUCCUGGCGGCUCCCUGCCACCUCCUCAGGGCUGGCUGUCAUCCUGGAUGAAGAGAGAGGAACCUGGAGAGCAGAAGAUCAACAGACUGCAGCUCCUAAAGGAACUCGUAGUACUUUCUUUGUGUACUGUAAGCGCUGCUCCUCCAUACAGUCAGGGAAACUUCGGGUUCGCUGUAGGAGCUGCAGACAGAUGACGCUGACACUCAGCAGGGGCCCUUCCUGCUGGGACGAUGUUCUUCUCCCGGGACGAAUCCAUGGCGUCUGUCAGUCCCCAGAUUGUGACGGCGAUGAAGCAGAGUUCUACAUGAAAUGUUCGUCUCACCCGACAUCAGAGGAAGAUUCGUCCGUGGCGCUCGACCUCAUCCUGUCCAACAUCAACAACGUCCCCUGCAUCAGCUGCACCGACACCCUGGACGUGGUUCUGGUCUUCCAGUGUUCAGACCGCCAUGUGAUCUGUCUGGAUUGUUUCCAUGGUUACUGCCAGACUCGACUGAAUGAGCGACAGUUUGUCUACGAUCCUGUGAUUGGAUACUCUCUGCCCUGUGCAGUUGGCUGUGAAAACUCCCUGAUCAAGGAGGUGCAUCACUUCCGUAUCCUUGGAGACGAUCAGUACGCUCGGUACCUGCAGUACGGCGCUGAAGAGUGUCUUCUGACCAAUGGAGGACUGAUGUGUCCGUCCCCUGGCUGUGGGGCGGGGCUCCUCCCACUGGACGGCAGCCGCAGAGUGGAGUGUGACAGACGUCUGGGCUGCGGCUUCGUCUUCUGCAGAGACUGCAGGGAGCGUUUCCAUGAGGGGCCCUGUGAGGCCCUGGGAGCCCCGGCCACCGCUGGGGCCUCACAGGUGAGUCACCGAGCCCAAAGAUGGGUUUCAUGGUGGAGGAGGAGGCGUCUCGCAGUGGGAGGUGGGAGCAGGAGUCGCUGCUCCUCAUCCGAACAUCGACCAAAAAGUGUCCGAGCUGUUUGGUUCCUGUGGAGAGGAACGGUGGCUGCAUGCAUAUGCAGUGUUCUGUGUGCAGAGCAGAGUGGUGCUGGCUCUGCGGGGUCCUCUGGAACAGAGACUGUAUGGGGAACCACUGGUUCGGAUAGACGCCGUCCAUCCAGAGACCGUUAAUCCAUCGGUUAAUCCAGCAUGCUGGGGAUUUAUCUCUUAGUCUGGAUUCAAAGAUUCAAUCUCUGAAGCAAUAAAAUGUUGGAAGUUAGACAAA